AUGGUUGGAGCUCUGGAAUCUGAUCAAAUCCUAGCAAUGGCUGAGAAAUUCGAGAUCUUAUCGGACGAUUUCGAUCCAACGGCUGUGGUAACCGAGCCGUUACCUCCGUCGUUGACCAACGGAACAGGAGCAGAUCACGGGGAAGAGAAUCCGAGGAAGACGGUGGUAACUAACGGAGGAGGAGAUAGAGAAAUGGUUCUCGGCAGGAAUGUCCACACGACGUCUCUCGCCGUGACGGAACCGGAAUCGAACGACGAAUUCACCGGGGAUAAAGAGGCUUACAUGGCUAGUGUCCUCGCUCGUUACCGGAAAACUUUGGUUGAACGUACCAAAUAUCAUCUAGGUUAUCCAUAUAACUUGGAUUUCGAUUACGGUGCGCUUGGCCAGUUGCAGCAUUUCUCCAUUAACAAUCUUGGAGAUCCGUUUAUAGAAAGCAACUAUGGUGUACACUCUAGGCCUUUUGAAGUUGGCGUGUUGGAUUGGUUUGCGCGUCUUUGGGAGAUUGAGAGAGAUGAUUAUUGGGGUUACAUCACAAACUGUGGCACAGAAGGAAACCUUCACGGGAUUUUAGUUGGGAGGGAAAUGUUUCCUGAUGGGAUUUUGUAUGCGUCGAGUGAAUCGCACUACUCUGUGUUUAAAGCAGCUCGUAUGUAUCGAAUGGAGUGCGAGAAGGUCGAUACACUCAUCUCUGGGGAGAUUGACUGUGAAGAUUUCAGGAAAAAGCUGUUGGCAAACAAAGAUAAACCGGCGAUUCUUAAUGUUAACAUAGGAACAACUGUUAAAGGAGCUGUCGAUGAUCUCGACCUUGUAAUCAAAACUCUUGAAGAGUGUGGCUUCUCACAUGACAGGUUCUAUAUUCACUGUGAUGGAGCUCUGUUUGGACUUAUGAUGCCUUUUGUCAAACGUGCACCAAAAGUCACGUUCAAUAAACCGAUAGGAAGUGUGAGUGUCUCGGGCCACAAAUUUGUCGGGUGUCCAAUGCCUUGUGGUGUUCAGAUAACAAGAAUGGAACAUAUCAAAGUCCUCUCCAAUAACGUUGAGUACCUGGCCUCGAGGGAUGCGACAAUCAUGGGAAGCCGAAACGGGCAUGCUCCUUUGUUCCUCUGGUACACCUUAAACAGAAAAGGGUACAAAGGAUUUCAGAAGGAAGUUCAGAAAUGCCUGAGAAACGCGCAUUACCUCAAAGACAGACUCCGUGAAGCUGGGAUCAGCGCAAUGCUGAACGAGCUUAGCAGCACCGUUGUCUUUGAACGUCCCAAAGAUGAAGAGUUUGUCAGGAGGUGGCAGCUCGCUUGCCAGGGCGAUAUAGCUCAUGUGGUGGUUAUGCCAAGUGUUACGAUCGAAAAGCUCGAUCAUUUUCUUAAAGACCUGGUCGAACACAGAUCUGUCUGGUAUGAGGAUGGAUCUCAACCACCAUGCCUUGCAAAGGAUGUAGGAACCAACAACUGCAUCUGUCCAACUCACAAGUGACGCCACAAUUUCCCUUAUGUCCGCAUUGCGACGUUGUUGUAAGCCUUCUGCUUUAAUUCCAUCCGUUGUAUUCUCGAAUUCAGUUUCAAUCAGCGACCAAAUUUUGUUAGUUUCUCUUAUAUUAAUAUAAGUCCUGGUUUCAAUCAGUCUUUGUUUAA